AUUAAUUAUUGACUAUGUGUUAUUUUCGAAAGAUAUAAUAAAGCCGUGCUCUCAACGGACAGGCCUUUUUGUUUCCGGCUCAAAUAGCAAUUCUUGGGCUCCAAGUCAAGGUGCAAACGCUCGCCACCUCGUCGAUUUUCUCUUGCUCAUCGGCGAACGAAACCUAAGUGCUUCUUUGUUUUGAAUCACUAUUUCUCCUCUCCCUUCCGAUCGUCGGAGAGCUAUGGAGACGUUGGCCAUGAAAGAUGCAACAAUCGUAGAUGAUGGAACUACUGAAAGGACCUCGUAAGGAUCUCGUAUCCUUAUGUGACUGGUACGUCAGUGAUAGGGAUGAAAUACAAAGAAGGUGUUAUCAUGGCGGCUGAUACAGGAGGUUCCUAUGGAUCUACUCUGAGAUACAAGAGUGUGGAGCGCAUAAAACCUAUUGGGAAACACUCUCUCCUAGGUGCAAGUGGAGAAAUCAGUGAUUUCCAAGAGAUUCUUCGCUAUCUUGAUGAGCUCAUCUUGUACGACAACAUGUGGGAUGAUGGGAACUCACUUGGUCCCAAGGAGGUUCACAAUUAUCUCACUCGGGUUAUGUACAAUCGGCGCAAUAAGUUUGAUCCUCUUUGGAAUUCACUCGUUCUUGGUGGAGUGAAGAAUGGACAGAAGUAUCUUGGGAUGGUGAGCAUGAAUGGCACACAUUUUGAGGACAAUCAUGUGGCCACUGGGUUUGGGAAUCAUCUUGCAAGGCCUAUACUUCGUGCUGAAUGGCAUGAAGACCUAAGCUUUGAAGAGGCUGUUAAGCUGAUGGAGAAGUGCCUUCUUGUGCUCUUAUAUCGUGAUAGAUCAGCAAUCAACAAGUUUCAGGUUGCAAAAAUAACAGAGGAAGGAGUGACCAUCUCUCAGCCAUAUGCACUGAAGACCUACUGGGGCUUCUCUGCCUUCCAAAACCCUAGCAAGGGAGCUGUGGGAUCAUGGUAAUAAUUGAUAUGCCUUUAUGAAACUUUGAUCACGCACAAGGUUUCAGUGGGAACGAGCGGUGGUAUUAUGAUAAUCAUUCUAGCUUCUUUGGCAGAAAUCUAAAAUUAUAGAGUUGUGGUACACUUGAAUGGUAUGAAGAUGCAUUGUGAUUGGUUUUAGCCAUUUUAUUUCAAAGAUUUGUUUUGUACCUCGCUCAGUGUAUUUUGGAACUUUUACCUUCGGUCUAAUUUAUCUUUUGCAUGCUAA